GGUAAGAAAUUUUUUAUGCGAAGGAGUUUGUUGUCUUCUAAAUCAGUUUCCUGUGCAGCAUGUUUGAAACAUUGGAUUGAAUGGCUUGGAAAUGGUAGACAUGUGUUGUUGAUAUCUGAUGUCGAGAGAAUCAAAGUAGAAAUAAGAAAUAUUAUCCUUAAGUUUGUAGCCGAAUGUUUGCUGCACAGAAUGAUGACAGAGGAACCACCAUUUAUUGGAGUUGGUGCUGAUGUGAGCGCCAAAUUUAAAGGAGCAUUUUGUGAAGCCAGAGUAAAGUCUACAAAAAAGCUUAUCAAAUGCAAGGUUCUUAUGAAAAAUGGCACAUCAUGCAUUGUUAAUGAUGACCAAGUUGAAGGCGCAUUGAAGUUGAAUGGUACAGUCAAGGUGAAGCAGGAGAAUGAUGUACAAGAAGCAACAAUCAUUAAACUGACUGAUAAUAGCCUGUACACUGUUGUUUUUGAUGAUGGGGAUGAAAAGACUUUGAGAAGGACAAGUCUAUGUUUGAAAGGUGAAAGACACUUUCAAGAAGAUGAGACUUUAGACCAUCGGCCUCUAAACAAUCCAGAGAACUUUGGUGCACCUGUAUCUAAGCAAGCAAAGGAAGAAAAAACUCGAAAACGAACCAGGUCUUGCUCACAAAACAGUGAUGUUGAGGGAGAUGAUGAAGACUCAAAACAUUUAUCAAAGAAAAAACGUGAUUCGUCCUUUGGGAAGGUUGUCUGUGUAGAGCUAGGGGAGAGAAGGAAAAGUUGGUUUCCUGCACUGUGUAUUCGCAAGCACAUGGCAGAGGGAUUGGAGGUCAGCAAAGGGCAGCUACUUGUUCAAUCGUUUAAGGAUGGAAGGAAACUCGCAAUUAACAAGACUGAUAUAAAGGAGUUCUGUAAAGAGAAGGAGCCAGUUUUGAGUUACAUGAAAGGUGAGACGAAAAUCGAUCCGAUUUUGAGAGGCUCUAUAGAAAAAGCUCUGGCGUUUUUUGAUAAUGGAGAACUUCCUAGAGGGUGGAACAUUGAUUUGAACGACACAACAGAGACAUCGUCAAGCGAAGAUGAGGAUGUAAUGAAAGAAGAGGCAAUUUCUCCGGAAGAAGAAGAAUUUCUUAGAAAAUUGUACAAAAUCAUGGAUGAACAAGGAACACCAAUCUCGAAACCCCCCGCUCUUGGGUGUAGAGAAAUCGAUCUUUUCAAACUCUACGUUACUGUUACGAAGCACGGCGGGAUGGAUGAGGUGACAAACUUAAACAAGUGGAGGAACAUUUACAAGGAAAUGGGAAUGACAAACCCUCCGUCGACAGCUGCCUAUAACAUUCGCAAUUUUUAUAAGAGGUAUAUAUUUCCAUAUGAGGCGUUAGAAAAGGGAAUUGACUUGUCACCCGAUAAGAAGACUAAUGAUAAAGAAAAACCAAAAGAGCCUGCAAAGGAAAAGGAGAACGCUAAAGAGAAGGAUAAAUGCAAGAAGCCAGAAAGUGACUCAGAAAAUGAAAAUAAUGCUGUACGAAGACUAACCCGAAUGCAAAGCAAAAACGAAAGUGACUCUGAAGUUGAAAGGAGAGAAACAAGGUCAAGUAGGCCGAGAAGAAAUUCUGUAGAGAAACAGUUCAAUCUGCAAGAAAGCAAAGGGAAUAAGCAAAUGGCUUCGCCAAUAGACUCUUCUGAUGAAAGUCUAGAGAGUUACCAAGAAAUGAACUCUUAUUCAAGAAGAGGCGAAAUGGAAUUAGAUAGUGACGUCACAAAGCAGUCUGAGGGGGACGAGUUAGUGGAUAUCGUGAAUAGCCCGCACAGCUCAGUUGUUAGUGAGGAUAAGGAAUUUUCAGAUACGAAGAGCGAGAGUGAGCUGACAAUGACUGAGGAUGGCAAGUACCCAAUUGGUGCAAGGAUUCUUGUUAAAUAUGGCAAAGGCAAACUUCACAGAGCUUACGAGGCCAAGAUUAUUGAUGUGGAUUCAGAACUCACCCCCGAUUUAUUGUACUAUGUACAUUACAGAGGUUGGAACCAUCGGUACGAUGAGUGGAUUAAGCAUGAGUUUAUCGAAGGUCUGAGUCCUUAUCCUCCAAAGAAGAAAGGCACUGCUUCCAAGGGUGCUAAAGGCAGUUCUUCGGGAGGCUACAAAAAUCACUCAGAACCACCUGGAAUUCAUAAUUUUCAUCAAACGCAUCAACCGACUCCUAGGACUACUGCUAGAUCUAGAAAGGCAGGGUCGCCACCGCCUUUAAAUCCAGGAACCCCACCCUCAAACCCCCAUGAAAAGUCGACGAAAACAACACAGAGUACGCAAAAGACUACAAACACACCGGCAAAACAGCCUGUCCAAUCAGCAAAACCGACGGCAGUCAACCCCAAGCCGUCAAUCACACCCCUGAAAGGAUCGCAGCCAAAAUCAUCGGCACCCAAUCCAAAACCAAAUUUUGGAGCGCAGAAAAUCGAUUCCCCCUUUGCUGACAUGAAACCGCAUCCCGUGAAGCCAAGGACGACGAGAAACUCAAUGCAAGAUGUUUUCCUCAUAACUGCUUUGGAAGAAAGUAUUUCUGAAUCUCCUGCAAGUGACGUCACUGGAUCAGGCCGUCCCCGAAGAGGACGUGAAAAGCAAAGUCAAUCGCCGGAACGUGAAGAAGAGAGUGAAAGCAGUAGUGCGAAGGAGGAUGACGUCGAUGUUCAGGACAAAGGAAGAACACCUCCACAGAGAAAGACGACACGAAGAAGAAGAAACGAGCGAAGUCCGUUUGGGAAACAAGAAAGCAAAGAUUCAGCGGAGGAUGAAGAAUCUGUAUCAGAAUAUUCUAUUGAUCUGUGGUCGGAUGAAAGAAAUGAUGGACGAAAUAGUAAGGGGGAUAACAAAAGAAAAGCAGUGGACAGCAAAAAGAAAGAUCGCCCUAAAAGUGGAAAAGGAAAAGCUGCAAGUGCUAAAUCGAUUGCUUUUGAGAAUGACCUGAAGGAUCUUUCAAAGAAUGUAGAAAGACAAUCUUCAGCAAUGGAAAUUUUGACGGAUUGCGCUUUGAUGAAAAAUGAUAGGCAGUUAUUACAGAAUAGCGAAGGUGGAGAUGAAAUAAUGAAAGAUGAAUCAAUAAAAACAGAGGAAGGCUUCGAGGAGGAAGAAAAAAACCGGCGGGGUAGUAAAAGAAGAAAUGAUGGGAAAGUAUUAAAGGACAGGAGACCUGUAAAGAUCGAGACAGAGGGAGACGGAGUUGCGACAAAAAGUCUGAAGGAGAUCGCGGUGUCAGAAAAAGUUGAACAGUCAAAAAAUGAAAAGAAAACUUCUGAUAAAGAGAACAUGGAUGAAACAAACGAUAAUAUUGAUGACAAAAAGUUGAAAGUUGAGAAUAAUAACAUCGAUGACUCAGAAAUGGAUAACAGUAAUGGAUUGACUUGUAUGGAACAUGUUGUUGAUAUUUUGCAGCGAGCAGCAGCCAUUGAUGCAGAGAAACAACGCAAAAUGAAAGAAGUCAAUUCCUCGCCAAUUCGAAAUAAACACGACCAAAGGAGUGAAAUGGUAUCACCAUCAGUUAGUCUUUCGACCCCGGAACGAGACCGUCGCAAAAAGAGGCGAGAGAGGAAGAGGCGACGACGCGCUGCAAGUUGUUCUGUGGCUGAUGCAAGCGAAAGUGAAAACAAUCAACAGAGCCCUUUCCGAAGGGGAAAGGACAAACGCCACUCCACUUCGGAAUUUGAAAAAGAAAAAUUUGACUUCGUUUCUGAUUUAGCCGAACUUUCUCAAAUUGAUGCUGCCGAGCGGAUCACUGUAAUUCAAGGGAGAAUACACGAAAUUCAAAAAUUAUAUGGGAAACUGAAAACAGAGCUGGCAAGCAUAGAGCGGAGAAAACGACGGAAAUUAAGAAAACAGAGUGAAAAUACAAGCAGAAAUUAUGACGUCAACGAUGGAAAAUGAAGCUCUUUUCUUCUGUAAGAUAUAUGCGGAUUAUAGUAGAAAUACAUAUUACGGUAGAAAUCUGUAUAUAGUCAAGAAUAUAUUUCUAUUUUUCGUCAAGUUCUAUAACAUAUAAAGUUCAAGUAGAGCAGGUUUUCCAUUAUUUAGUCUCCCUUCACCCACCAUACAUUUCCGUCGCCUCAAAAAAGUGACUACCCAAUUAACUAGGUACACUUUUUCUACGUUGGCAUUACGCUAUUACCAUAGGUGACAACUUUUUGAGGUUACACACAUAAACGAAGCUAAGCCGCUGCUAGCAGGUCCUAGCCUCGCCCUGAUGUUGAGAUCAAGCAUCUUUACAACAUUGCCUUUUUGGGCCGUCGUAGCCUCCUGUGUUCAAAUAAGCUGCCCGUAAUGUUUGUGAAAAAUUUGCUAUAGUCUGCAUUAAAAUGAAAACAGCCAAAAGGAAUUGGCAGUCAUAGGGUUUAAUUCAGUUUGUAAAUGUAUAUCCAAGCUAUUGUAUCGUUACUACUCUGUGUUUUCACGAUUAUUCCAUUUAGCUAGAUAUUUUAGGCUGGUCAGUAUUUGUCUAUAUUUGUGUAAUUUUACAAGUGAUUUGUCGAAGUAGUAAUAUCUGGUAUUUUUGUUUCUUUUUGGGGCUGUUAGCAAAUAAAAGCCCUCGAAACUUGUGAAUGUCUUCGCCUAGCAGUUGCCAUCGUCUUCAGCUAUGAAACGAAGAAAGACUUAGUAAUUAUUGUACCCGCUGCCUUUAAAAUGUUUAAAUUCCCAGAAACUGUGAAUGAAAAUGUCGCUAAAAGCCUAUCAGUGUACAAAAUAGAUUUGCGAUUGUUUCGAAUAGAUAUUGCAUCGUCAAUAAUCUAAUAAUGCCCGAUUUAAUACAUUGCGUGAGACUUAAGAUAAAAACCCAAACCCCUAACAACUUUUUAUGUCUCAUUUUUUUUGUUUCACAUGGUAGCUAUUCUAGUGGGUAUGUUCUCUAUAAAGUAAAGUCCGAGUCAACGUCCCGAUCCCCUAAUCUCCAUAGUGCAGUAACAUUCGCUGCAACAAGACAUGAUUCGUAUCUCAGUAAACGCUACUUCAAGUUGGUUUUGUAAAUAAGCAUUACAGUGCAGGUAGAGAAAGGUGGGGGUUUCGCUUGCAUCCCCAUACAUUGAACCUCAUUGUGGGCGUUUUUACUUUUUUAAAUCUAGUAAUUUAUCACUUGUGAUUGUUUGAAAGCAAAAUUAUUGAAGAUAUUGAAUUCAACUUGUUAUUUUGUCGUUUUUCGUUAAUAGAUAUAUGUUUAGGUAGAGCGAGGUUUCUUGCUAUUUAUUGCGUCUUGUUUCCGACGAGAAUCUUUUUAUCUGUAAGUUUUCUAUUCUAUGUAGUUAACUGUAACAUUA